AGCAUCCCUGAGAGCCGACCCGUCCACAGGCGAGCGGAGAUCCCAGAAACCACAGAUUUUCUGGCUACUGACAAACACACAGUCUGUAUCAGUCUGACCUGAGCUUGCUGCCCCUGAUUCUACCAUACAUUCAGGCAUUUUCAAGGCAGCUGAGCAGCGAUGGUGAAGCUGGGCAGUAAUCUGUCUGAUAAGGCGGAGAAGCAACCCUCUGUAGAUGAUGGCUUUGAUAACAUCCCCCUCAUCACACCCCUGGAGGUCAACCAACUACAGCAGCCACUCACAGACAGAGUCAUUGUGAAGACGUCAACACAGUAUCAGCUGCAGCAGCAGAAGAAGAACAGGCUGUAUGCUCCCAAUGUUAAGAAGCUGAGUAUCAAUUUCUACAGUGAUGUCUCAGAUAAAGCCAAGAUUACAGGUCUGAUCCUCAUAACUUUGGCCUUCUUGACCAGUCUGCUCCUUCUGCUCAUGUACAAAGCCCUGUGGUACGACCAGCUUACCUGUCCAGAGGGUUUUAUCCUGCAGCACAAGCACUGCACCCCUGCAGCUCUGGAGAUGUACUACACAGAGGAGCAGCAGGAGCCCGGCAUCCACGACAGCACCAACACCGGCCUGUAUGCCGCUCUCAGCCACCUCAACCAGGUCAAGAGGCCUGGGCCCGAGCUGCCGUCACCGUGGUUACCAGUCAUCAGCGCACUGAAGAAAGCCGAGGAGGCCAAAGAAGGCAGUGAGACAGUGAAAGAGGAGCUGCGGGGAGAAGAAUAAAAAUGUAGGUGAAAGAGCAGAAAUUAAAUUUGUUUUUUUUUGUCAGUGUGAUUGUGUAUUUGACAGUUUUGUUUGCCCCUCCCCCCAAAUACCACCAGAGUCCUUGGAAUUACUUUCUUAUGCAAGCUCUCUAAAACUUCAAAGCUUGGGUGACGAACCCAGAUCAGAAAUAUAUGGACAUUAUUGCGGUUAGUGGUAGGAAUGUGCGUGACUUUUACAGUGUUACUGAGUCGUGACUGAAAUCUGCCAUCUGUAUCCCCCGAGUGCCCGCGCUCACACAAACACUGCUCAAUGUGCUCGCUCACAUACAAGCACAUGUGCAGUGUGAGCAUAGGCGCGUUCAAGUGCUGCUUGUCAGCUCGCGCUGCAUAACAUGCACUUGUCUGAGUAAGAAGGUGGUAAAAGAAAAAAAAGAGAUGCAGUGAGAAGUCACAGUUAGAGGUGAAGAUCACAAGUUUUUUGAGAGUUUCUCCCCAUCGGUGCGUCUUGCUAUCCUGCUGUUUCUUCACCAGUCUGACAGCAGAAUACAAGGAAAUAUUAAAAUAUGAAUGUUCUCACCCUCUAAUUAUAGAGAUAUUUGAAUUUUGUUGGUGAAAAGAGAUGCCACAUCCUUUUAUAUGAAGACAUAGUUAAUGUCAGUGAAAAAUGCAUUUUUAAAGUGACAGAAAUUCAGGAUUUUCUUCUUUUUCCACUCAAUAUGCGUUGUUGCUUUUUAGGAUUAAAUUCUAAACAUUAUAAUGUGAGCUACGUGUUGUACUUUUGGAUGUGACUUCAUGUAUUAUCAGACUAAAUCUGCAUCUGUACAACACUGUAUCUUUAUGUACAUGAGUAACUGUAAACACUAAUCAGUUAUUUACAGCUUUGUUCUUUUUUUGUUAUCAAUUAUGUGUUCAGUUUACACUGCUUUGUAAAUAGGCAGCAAAAUCAUCAUAAGAGUGUCUUCUCAUAAUCCCUGAAUGGAUGUACGACGCUGCUGCUCUAAUCAUGUCAUAGAUGCUACCAGUGCUUAAUGUAAAACCUACAGGCCUUUACCAUUUAAUGUAUUUAUUUAUCUGUACAUUAUUUAACAUUAUGUGACUGAAAGAUUGUUUAUGUAAAAUGUAAUUUACCUUGUACCCCUUUCUUUUGUUCUCAUUUGUAUCCUAUACUUUAGAGGAAAACUCUUUAUGUAAGCGGGACAAAUGUGACAUCACAUCUAGAAACCACAAGUUUAAGUGCCAAACAUUUAAAUCUGCCUGAUGUCACUGACUGAUCAGAAAUAAAUGGUUGAAGUGUUGCUUUAAUGUCUUCACAGGAAGCCCCGCCCCUUUACUCACAUCCAUCUAUCCAUUUUCUAAACCCGCUUUAUCCUUUGCAGGGUCACGGGGGUCUGCUGGAGCCUAUCCCAGCUAGUUUCAGGCGAGGGUACGCCCUGGACAUCUCGCCAGUCUAUCGCAGGGCCCCCUUUACUCACAUAAAUGACUGAUUUAU